AUGUCGACUCUACUUUCAUCAUCAGAGCACAAGAACUCCAGCUAUCAGCAACCCUUGCUGUCAGAAACAAACAUGUCGAAGUCUCUUCAAGGAAAGAUCGCCAUUGUCACCGGCGCAGCAAAGUCCAACGGUGUUGGCUUUGCAACUGCCGCAGUCCUUGCUGAGCAGGGAGCAAAUUGUCAGAUUGUUCUUCACUACAAUACCAACAAAGAUGCUGCUCUCAAGAGUGCCGAGGCACUGAAGCAGUUCGGUGUUGAGGUCACCACAGUUCAAGCUGAUGCUAGCAGCGUGACUUUUGGCAAGGACAUUGUCGAUGCAACCCUCAAGGCUUUCCCUGGCAAGACUAUUGACAUCAUUGUCAACAACGCUGCCAUCAUGGCAGGGUAUCCCAGUCUCAAAGACUUCCCCGUUGAAGACUUCGAUGUUGCUUUCCACACCAAUGUCCGCAGCAUCUUCCUGUUGCUCCAGGCGGCCGAGCCGCACCUGACCGCUCCAGGAGCCAGGAUCAUCAGCAUCAGCAGUGUAGUUGCCACGAUGGGAUUCAGCAAUGCCAAUUUCUACUCGGGCUCUAAGGCAGCGCUGCAUGGUAUGACGCGAGGCUGGGCCGAGGAGUUUGGAGCCAAGGGCAUUACAGUCAAUGUUGUGUCAUUCGGGCCAAUUGAAACAGACCUGGUUCUUCCAGAGGAGCAUCCUCUAGUUCCUAAGUUCCGGACAAACCAGUUCGUCAAGCGAAACGGUACGACAAAGGAGGCUGCCCAAGCUAUUGCAUUCUUGGCAAGCCCAGACAGCGGUUACAUCACUGGUCAAAUUAUCAACGUUGACGGUGGCAUGUCAUUCGCCUAA